AUGCCCAUUCAGAAAGGGGUGGAGCUGCAUUCGGGCACCCCUCCUUCUCAAUGCUUGCAUUUGCCCUCUCGUGCAAGCCCUGCCAAGGUCUGGGUUUCAUCCCCCUCCGUUGGCCAACAGACCUCUUUCCGUUCGGCUACGGGCAGAUGGGGCAGCCCUCCUCUCUGCGUCUCAGGCUACACGAUGCUCUCCAGCCUGCCCUUACAGAUGCUACUCUAUUUCAACGCCUUCUACUUCCCCUUCUGGAGCCUGUCAGAAGUGAUUAUGCUGGAGCUGAAGUUUGGCUUGCUGCCCACUUACUAUCGGUUCUUGCUGGUUGCCGCAUACCUGACGCUUGUCGGGGCUGAAUCCUUACGCCUCUACCUUGGAUACAUUGGGAAUUUGCAAGAAAAGGUUCCAGAGCUGGCUGGGUUCCUCCUCCUGUCCUUCCUGAUCGAGAUGCCCGUCCUGCUGUUCAUCCUGACGGACAAUCACGUGAUCCAGAUGCCCCUGGAAAUGGCAGUGCAUGGGGUCCUCCUCCUCUUCCUCACCUCGGAGAUUGUGGCAGCUUCCUUUGCCCUCAAAGUCAUGGCCAAGCACCUAGCUAUGCAGUUCUACCUGAUGCAGUUUGAAGCGCGGCCAGACAGGGUGAGGCCCUGGGGGCUGCGUGUGGGAAACCAGGCCUCUCUCAGCUCUGAACCUGCCCCACGUUCUGUGCAGUGGCAUAACAGUCCGCUUCCUGCAAUACAGAUGAAUUCCUGCAAGCCGAAGAGAAGCAGGGCCACUGGAAAUGAGGGGUCAGGCCAAAACUAAAACAGACUUUGGACCAGGGAUGGGGUGGACUCUUAAAUGUCGGUUUCUCUCAGUUUUUCCUUCUGGUUAAGUCUGUUAAUUUCAGUUUUGCUAGUUUUCAUUUCUGCAAAUCCAACAUUUGGGGUGUCUGUCAAUUUCCCAUUUUUGCUAAUCCAUCAAGUAUGGUUCCUGGAUCUUGAGAUUUUUCAAAAGCUCACAUUAAAU